ACCUGCUUGUUAAAAAUGAGUCGCAGUGGCAUCUGCCAUAUCUAUACUAAGUAUUUGUCUGGAGCGUCUUAUAAAUACCAAAUAUCAAGCAGGCAAACAAAACAGUUCAAUUGUUCGACUUCGACUGGAUCAACAUGGUGUGUAUUUAUUUUCUGGAGCUACCGCUGGCAGUUAUUUAAAUUUCUCUUCAUCUCCCAUCAGCGCGUUAUAUUUGUGGCUUUAAGUGUGGCCUCGAGCCUGCUGCUUCUGGGCCUCGCUGAUGCAACAGCGCUGUCGAGGACGUAUCUGCCGCCCCAAGUGCAAGUGCAACAAAUUGUCUCUCGUCCGCAGGUGCAGUUGGUGCAGCAGCCGCUGAUUCACUCUGUUGUGCAGCAGCAGCCUUUGGUUCACUCGGUGGUGCAGCAGCGUCCUGUGAUUCAGACUGUGCUUCAGCAACGUCCCAUAAUUCAGUCUGUGGUGCAGCAGCGUCCCAUAAUCCAGUCCGUGGUGGUGCCUCAACGCACUUAUCUUCCUCCUGCACCGCGCGUGGUUUCAGUUUACAGGCCUGCUCCUCAGGUCAUCUCCGUACCGAGGGUCCAACAUCAGAUCAUCUCACGUCCCCAGGUGUUGGUGCAGCAGCGUCCAGUUCUGCUGCCACAGCGCACGUAUCUGCCACCCGCUCCUAGAGUGGUGUCCAUUGCACGUCCCCAGGUGGUGUCCAUUGCACGUCCGCAGCUAAUCUCCGUGGCUGCACCCAGACGCACCUAUCUGCCACCCCAGGGCGCUGCAUCCACCCUCGACGAGCAAUACGAGGAGCCCGAAGAAGUCUAGUGGAAAAAAUUCCAUCCCGGCAAGACAAUGACGCGACGACUGGUUUGUGGGUUAACCCACACCGCAAACUAUAUUCUAAUGCUAAUUCCCGAACAAAAACCAAGCAGAGAAAUGCAAAAAUACAUUUGAUAUUCGCUGACGCGAUCCAGAAUGGAUUUGCAUAUUCCAGAAUUAAUCAUUAUACAAUAAAGAAAGCGCAGAAAACAUCAGCGAAUAU